UUGUUGGUUGAUGGACAGAACAGGAAAGAUUAAAAAAAAAACCCGCUCAAACUGACAAACCUGUUUGAAUUCGAAAGUUUAUGCUGCGGCGUUGGCGAAUGCCUUGCUAGCCACAAGGGUCUUUCUUCUUAAAGGGGAUUUUCACCGGUUUCCUAAAUCAGUUUGCAAAUCAAAAGCCACUGCAGACGCAGUCAGCAAACGAAGCAAAACCAAGACAUCCCACCAGUAACUUAGAAAAAAAGUUCCCCCCCUUAAAGGGAAGUUUUGUCUUGUUUUGGUGGGGUGUGGGACAAGACUUGCUGUCGUACUGCAAUGCCGAGGAAGGUCCAGGAACAUCGAAGGAGGUCGAAGCGUCUGAAGGAGCAGGUUCCAGAGCAGGGUGUGAUGGAACCCGAGGGGCAAGAAGAAGUAGAUUCCCAAUCAAAGGGAAUGUUGAUCCUGACGCCCAGGAAUCCCAUCCGAGGGAGCUCCAGACUGCUGAGGAGCAGGGCGACCACAGGGUUAGAGGAGCAGGCUGAGCCGGUAAAUUUGAAGCCGCUUCAGGUUGUUCUGCAGAAGGUGAAGGCAGACAUAAAUAUGAAGAGAAAGAAGAAGAAGAAGAAGGAGGAGGAGGAGGAGGAGGAUGAGGGAGAGGAAGAGGAGGAUGAGGGAGAGAUGAAGGAGGAAGUGGAGAAUGGAACUCAGCACCAGGACACCCCCAGAAGCAUCAUGCCCCCUCUGGUGGUCAAGUAUCAGGAGAGUCUGAGACCAGCUAUGUCUAGCCUUCAGAAACUGAGAGCGAAAAUUCCCGAAGAGCCCAGGAGGAGGACGAUAUGGAGAGAUCUCCCAAAGAUCCCAACAGUGAGAAAAACUCCAAUGGGCACCUUGACGAGGCGUCGGCCCAGCUGCAGCUUGUUGCUCUGCAUCCUGCUCCCUGCUGUCCUGCUUCUGGCUCUCUGCAGCUGGUACUUACUGGGCUCAGGCCAGGGGGCACUGCCCACCGCAGCCUCGGGCCUGGUUGGCUUGCUGAAGGUGGACUGGAUUUACAGCUCGUUACCGUGGCAACAGGAGGCCUGCCAGGACGACUGCAAGAUGACUCUGGUGGAGAGUAUUCCGAUCGGACUCCUGUACUCCAAAGAUACCCCGCACCACCUCUCCAUCUACCAAGGAUGGAUGGACCUUCUGGCCCAGGCUAAUCACACAGUGCAGAUCGCAGCGUUUUACUUCACACUGAGCGGCAGUGACCUGAGCCAGGGGGAUGGUUUGGCCUCUGAGGGCGAUGAGGUCUUCAAGCAGCUGGUGCGUUUGAAAUCACGAGGGAUUUCCCUGAAGAUCGCUGUCAACAGUCCCCAGCAGUUUGCAAAGGACACAGACUAUCUGGAGAAAAGCGGUGCCGAGGUGAGACAAGUUUUCUUGAAGAAUCUGACGGGUGGCAUUGUCCACACCAAGCUCUGGGUGGUCGAUGGACAGCAUGUCUACAUUGGCAGCGCCAACAUGGACUGGCGCUCGCUGACCCAGGUCAAGGAGCUGGGGGUGGUGCUGUCCAACUGCAGCUGCCUGGCACGCGACGUGGCCAGGAUCUUCGGCACCUACUGGCACCUGGGGACGGAGGGGGCAGCCAUCCCCCAGCAGUGGCCUGGCAAGUACACUGCCCUUUCCAGCAAGGAGCGCCCACUCAGGCUGAAACUGAAUGGGAUCGAAGCAGACGUGUAUGUCACGAGCGCCCCACCCUCCCUUUGUGCUUCUGGCCGCACUCCGGACCUCGACGCCAUUCUGAGCGCGAUCGAUGACGCGGAAGCUUUCGUCUCCGUCUCGGUCAUGGAAUUGCUCCCAAGCUGCCAGUACUGUGAGCCUCCAAGAUUCUGGCCAGCCAUCGAUGACCGUCUGCGCAAGGCGGCUUGCGAGCGGCGUGUGUCAGUGCGCCUCCUGAUCAGCUGCUGGCAGCACACAUACCAGCCCAUGUUCAUCUACUUGAAGUCCCUGAGCGUCCUCGCUGAGCACCCGCUGCACUGUGAUAUCGAAGUGCGGAUCUUCAAGGUUCCAGCCACAGAGCAACAGAAGAAAAUACCUUACAGCAGAGUCAACCACAACAAAUACAUGGUCACCGAUCGCAUCGCCUACAUUGGAACGUCUAACUGGUCGGAGGACUACUUUGUGAGAACGGCCGGGGUGGGGCUCAUCAUAAACCAGACAGGGGUGUCACACGACAACACGGGCACACUGCAGAGCCAGCUGAAGGCAGUGUUCGAGCGAGACUGGAAUUCCAAUCACGCACUGAAGCUGGACAGCGAAGAGAUGAAGCAGCAAUGCCUGUGGCACAGGGAGGGUGCGUAAGGAGCUGGGAGCAUUAUCAGCAGUGUUUUGGGGGUGGAUUGGGGGUUAAGAUCAAGGGAGCCAGGUAAAAACCUCAGGGUUUCCCAGUCUCCCCCUCCCUCCCCACCCUUUGACCCCUUGCUACAUCUUACCACUCGGCAAAGCAGCUGCUUUAAAAUGUAUGGAGCCUGCUUCAGGAAAUCCCUCCUUCUCACCAAGCUCCCCCCCGCCCCACCCAAACAAAAUUGCAAAGUUGAUUCAUCAGAAGUUAUUGACAACAAAAGCUGUUCCACACUGCCUGGGUUUGCCUGGGCCUUUUUAUUUGCUUCGACCAAGGAACAUUGUAUGGAUUCUGAAUUUUUGAAGCACAUUUAUCGCCACUCGGUCCCUCCCCCUCUGGGUUCAUGGAAUGUUUCAACAGGCAAAGCAUUCCCGAUUUUUUUCUUCCCCAAUAAAGGUGCUGUGUUCCUGGAGGUCUGUGCAGUAUCUUCCCUUCCUUCAAGGAACCUGCCCAUUCCCAAUCUGUUUGUUCAAGGACGGCAAAUCACUUUCAAAAUAAAACUGCAUGGCUCAAAUGUAGACAUCUCUGGGAUGUCCGGCUCGCUGCUACGCUGGUUCCGACCCCCCUACCCCCAACUCGGAAACCAUUCGGCCCAUCAUUUGCUAGCUAAGCGUGUGUUCGGCCUGGUACCUGCUCCACCCUGUUAACCCAAUCCUCAGCCAGUCCCACCGAGAACCCACUUUGAAUGCUACCCCUGGGAAAAUCUCUAUUAGUUCAGCUACUGUGCAAGGUCAGUUACAAACAAUGUGCCUACCAAUGUGGGUUCCUGAUUUGAGACAAAAACUAGCUACCCUUGGUCCGAACGUAAAUGUAACUCGUUUUGAGAGAAGUAGUUGUAGUGAGCUUGGGUGUAGCUGAGAAAGCCACAGAUGGUUGAAGCUUGCAUUCUUGCAUUCAUCAGGACAUUCACAAAAAUACCACCGAGUCAAAGGAACAACAUUUUACACUUUACAAGAAGAGGGUGCUGAUUAUUUGGCAAGUGGGCUUUGAUUGCUCAAGGGUUUUGCAGGCAGAAUGAAUACAUUCACAUGUACUGUGCCUGUUUCAACUCAACAAAACAUGCAACAGACAUUGACCAAUGUCUUGACCAAUUAGAGUCAAUCUGCCUGGUUUAAAUUUAAAGAAUGUUUGGCACUUGACUGUCAGUCAUCAGCCAGGUGAAAAACAUGCAAUAGCCAUUGACCAAUGCCUUUGUCAAUUAGAGCCAAUCUGCCUGAUUUAAAUUUAAACAAGCAUGGCAGUUGACUGUCAGUCAUCAUCAACCAGUUGAAAAACAUGCAACAGCCAUUGACCAAUGCCUUGAUCAAUUAGAGUCAAUCCGCCUGGUUUAAAUUUAAACAAGCAUGGCAGUUGACUGUUAGUCAUCACCAAACAGGUGCAUUCUGCAUGGCAGCACCUCUACAAAUCAGAGUCUGCUUGUCAACCAAUCAACUGUCUCUUAUUAUGUAGUAUAAAAUGUUAAUUCUUGUGGAACUGCCCUGAUGUGUUCAAGGAUCUUGUUGAGAAAUCUCAACAGGAUGCAACAUUGUUUUCAGGAAUAUUGCUAUUAAAACACUAGUAGGGUAUUCAUCUGAAGCAUGGUGGAGGCUUUAAAAUGUGGGGGAGUGGGGGCUGGAGCAGCAAGAAAGAUUCAUGAGAAUGUUUCCAGGGAUCGAGGAACUUUUGGUGACAUGGAUAAUAGGCAGAAACUCGAUCUUUUCUUCUGAGGGAAGAGAAGGCUCAGAGCAGAUCUGACUGAGAAGUUUGUAGUCUGAAAGCUUGGGUGAGACUAGAAUGGGAAAAAUUAUUCUUGUUGCUGGAAGGUUGAGAAUCUGAAGACACAGAUUUGACAUUGACAAAAGGAGCUAUGCUGAUGGUUAGCAUUACUGCCUCACGGUGCCAGGGAUUCAGGUUCGAUUUUGCCCUCAGGUGACUGCCUAUGCAGAUUCGCACGUUCUCCCUGUGUCUGCGUGGGUUUCCUCCCACAGUCCAAGAGGGGAUAGGUCAGUCCAGGGAGGACGGACAGGUCAAGGAGGCGGGAUGAGGUGGUAGGUAGGAAAUGGAGGUGCGGCUUGAGGUGGGAGGAAGGGACGGGUGAGAGGUCGUGCUAAAUUGCCCCAUAGUGUCCAGGGAUAUGCAGGCUAAGUGGGUUAGCCAUGGGAAAUGCAGGGUAACAGGGAUAGGGUGGGGGUUGAUGGGUAUGGGUGGGCUGCUCUUUGGAGGUUUGGGAUGGGCUGAAUGGCCUGCUUCCACACUAUAGGGAUUCUGUAACAUGGAGGGAAACUUUUCAUGCGGUGACUGGAUAGGGUCCAGAAUGCACUACCUGAGGGGCUGGCAGAAAUCAAGGCUGUUGAAGGGAAAUCAGACCAUCACCUGAAAAGUUAUGGGGAGAAGAUGGGGUAAUGGCUGCCGGUGGACAGUUCCUUCAGGGGGCCAGCGCAGGCCUGAUGGGCAGAUUGGCCUCCUCCUUUGCAUUCUUUGUCCUACAUCCCAAUCUCUUGCACUUGCCCAGCCGCUGCCACGACAAAAGCCCCUCCAACCCCAUGCUGAAUGAAUGGCACAGCAGAAAAAAGACCUCUUGUUUUCUGUAGCAUCUUCUGUCAUAACCUCAGGAUAUCCCUUGCACUAUUGUGGACUACUUCUGCUGUUGCAAUAGAGGAAAUACAGCAGCCUGGAAGCAGACACCAAGAUCCCACAAGCAGCAAUAAUGACUAAUUAUUUUGUUUCUUUGCCCUUCUUAAAAAAAACAAGAGCGGUUUGCUGAGGGAUAAAUUUUGACCUCAUGAAGACAAUUAACUCUCCCCACAAGCCUGUGGUCAAGAAUAUUUUUUUUGUUUAAAAAAGAUAUAUAUUUUGUUACGAUUCUAUUUUUUAAUCUUUUGUACUGAAGUGUAGCAUUUAUUUAGCUUGGGACUAAAGUUGAUCACGACUGAGAAAUUUUAACAUGCUUUUUUUUAAAAAGAAGGAUCAGUGAGCGAUGUGUCUCCCCUCUUGUUGAAAGCGGGGUUUGAAGGACCACGGGGUCAAGAGGAUAACUUUUGCCCCAGUCGCCAUUUUAAGUUGUGAAAGACUCCGUUUCCCAUGGAAAUGUGUCAUGAUACCUUUCUGCCUGUGGCUGCAGCUCUGGCAGUGUGACAGGUUUACAAGAUAACAAAGUGUGGAGC